CCGCCAGUGGCCAAUGGACUCGCGCGGCGGAGGGCGAAGGGCAGGCCGGCGCCGCCGUAGACGCUGGGGACGCUAGCUCACUCUCUCCUUUUGACGCUGUCAAGUGAUGCUGUUUGGAAAAAUUUCCCGGCAGUUCUGUGGCUUAAAGAAACUCCCAGGGUCACGUGACUCCCGAUACUUCUGGGGCUGGUUGAAUGCAGUGUUUAAUAAAGUGGACCAUGAACGCAUCCGGGAUGUUGGCCCUGACAGGGCGGCGUCCGAGUGGCUGCUGCGCUGUGGGGCUGUGGUGCGCUACCACGGCCAGGAGAGGUGGCAGAAGGAUUACAACCACCUCCCAACAGGCCCCCUGGACAAAUACAAGAUCCAGGCAAUUGAUGCCACUGAUUCUUGUAUCAUGAGCAUUGGAUUUGAUCACAUGGAAGGCCUACAGCAUGUUGAAAAAAUAAGGCUAUGCAAGUGUCACUAUAUUGAGGAUGACUGUUUGAAGAGACUUAGUCAACUUGAAAAUUUACAAAAAAGCAUGUUGGAAAUGGAAAUAAUUUCAUGUGGGAAUAUCACAGACAAAGGUAUCAUUGCUUUGCAUCAUUUAAGAAACCUCAAGUAUUUGUUUUUAAGUGAUCUUCCUGGCGUAAAAGAAAAAGAAAAAAUUGUCCAAGCCUUUAAAACAUCACUGCCUUCUCUGGAACUAAAAUUAGACUUGAAGUAAAAUAAUAAUAUUCAGUAAGUGCUUAUUUCAAUAUAAAGUAUCAUGUGUAAUUGUUGAUCCUAAACAGCAACAAAUAUUACAUAAUCAUCAACAGAACUAUAAGAAUGUUAUCCUACAACAUUCUAGCAGAGUCCAUCAUGUAGAAAAUAAACAUUCAGAUGUGAUUCACUAAAGUUACUAAGUUAGAAGUGAGAAUUUAGGUACAUUAAACCAUUUUAAGAAAAAUGCAAACCAGGUACCAUUUUAAUUCUUAUAUAUUCCUUAUUUUAUAUCAAUCCUAUAUAAAUAUCUGUUGAUGUAGAUACUUAAGAGUUCUUUAAAAUGAUUUAAAUGUACAACAGAUAUUCUUUAUUUUUUAACAGUAAUUUGUUGCAUUUUACUUUAAAGUUAUUGAAGCAUGUUACUAUAAAUAUACAAUUAUGAAAAACUGAAAGCUGAAUUUCAUAUUCAUUGAUGGAGUCAAUUAUGCAAAGUAGUCAGCGGUUGCUGGGGCAUUCAUAUUGCUUCCCAGGAUUUGCAUGCAUUUGUCAUGAUCCUGCAUUCCUGUGCUCUUUAUACCAUACAUCCUUUCUCUGAAUGAACAGUUUCUGGCUAAUUUGUCUAUUUUGUAGGCUUAGUCUAGUGUCUUAUUAAAACUAGACAUAAAUACCUGGAUGGAUUUAAAUAGCUUUGCUGAUUGCAAUAGAACAGAGGAAACAAUGAUGAAGGCCAGCAGAGCUAUACUUACUUUUUGCUUAAAAAACUGCUUCAAACAGAAAAAUUUAACAUGUCAAUUAGAAACUAAUUUGUAUUCCCUCAUAUAUGUUGGAUAGUACUUCCCAUGAGCUCAAGGGACAUCAUAAGAAGUAUAAGCACAAAUUCACUUUACAUCUAGAAAGCAGUGAUAAAGAAUAUCAUAAAUAGGUAUAAACAGAUUUUUAUUUUUACCUGCUUCAAAUGGUCCUGAUUCUAUUAUUGUUAGUUAUAUGCCAACUUGUUUGUGGAUUUCUGUAUGUUUGGUUUGAAUAUUAAUCUGUUGAAUAUAACCUUGACUGGAGAUAAUUUUAAAAUAAACACUUUCUGUGAUGCAGCAUUAAAGUAGAAAAAUGAAUUUUAGUUGUGUUAGGAACCAGCUUAUGUAAAUAGCACAUACCAUAAAUGAUAUACUGUUUACUAAUAUAAUUGCCACUGCCAUUUUAAAAAUCAGAAAAUAGUAAAUAAAAAAAUGAUAAGGAUGUAGAACAGUCUCAUGUGAAACAGUGGCGAUUCCAUGCUGAAGAAAAGAUCACAGAUAUGGUUAAAUUAAGUAUAAGCAUAUAUUUAAUAGAACUCAUUAGAAAUAAAUGACCACUUCUAUCUCA